AUGGCGACGACUAAUCUGGACGAUGGCCUUGGAGAUAAAUUCAAUAGAUUUUUUGAGAAGACUACUGUGACUCGCUCAGCAUGCGAUGCCUAUGCAGAGAAGCUUGGAGGCAAAGCCAUACCGGUAAAUGUGCAAGGCGUUUGCAGUUACACCGUCUAUGCAGGACCCAGUGCCGAAUAUGUGGCUCAAUUUCGUUUCAAGUCUCUUCGGCUGAAUAUGAAGACUGCGAGCCUCGCCCAAGCUAUAUAUGGUGAACUUGCGCCGCAGGUAACCUUCAUGGGAGAAAUUGGGGAUAUAGGGAACGAGAGCGAAUCCCUCUGCAUCCAUCUCAUGAACCGGAUCAAAGGCAUCAGUUACUUCGAUUUCAUUAUAAACCACAUCGUGGACGAUGAAACACCUGCAUCUUGCUGGCGAAAAACCCUUACUUCUGACGUUUCGAGGUAUGGUUACAACUUACGACUGGAGGUUAUAUUUUUCGCUAUGUUCUGGAAGGCACCUCAGGAACUCAACAAGGCCUACCGUGAUAGCUUGUACCAUCCAUAUAUGAAAGAUCUAGGCUUGCUGCUUAUUUCGCUUCCACCAAGUUUUUACCCUAUCACACAAAAAUCUCUGAUUUCAUUGCGGACCAUUUUCUCCCUUCCAAUGGUACUGCUGCAUCGAGACUUCAGUGUCUUCAAUAUCAUGGUAAAUGAAAAAUCUUGCAAUCUAGUCGGAUUGAUAGAUUGGGGGAAGACAGAGAUUGCGCCUUUUGGUCUUAAUCUACACUUUUAUCAACGUUUCCUGAAUAAUGUCGACCGCAGGGAGGGCUGGUCCAGAUACGACGACUACCUUCCUUGA